AUGCGGCUGCCUGUGCUGAGUAAUCAGGCGGAUUACGGAUUUUUGGAGUUUUGCGAUUUUGAAUUGUUUACGAGUUUACGAAUAUCUUUGAGUACCAGUUCGACUUUGGUUAAUCCCGAGAGUCGACGUGUCGUUAGCGCCGCAAAUCGUUACCGCAAAAAGUCCGCCCUGUCGACUUUCGACUUUCGACUCGACUUUGGACCGUCGACCUUCAACUUUCCUCAUCUCUGUGGACCGGAGCUCUGGACUUUCUCUGACGACUUGAACGAUUUUGCACCUACGAGGUACCGCGAUGUCCCUGGAGAUCUCUCUGUGAAACCAACCCCGAAUCUCCGAACCAAGUCCCCUAUUCCAUUCUCGACAUCGACACAUAACAUGUCUGCCAAACCCUCUAUAACAGAAUCCCGAGGCGAAAGCCCGGGUCAGACCUCUGGAUCUCCGUCCGCGGCGGGCGGAAACGACACUCCGAAUGAGGUGGAGAUGAAGAGCCUACGCCCCGAUCCCCCCAAGGGCUCAAUUCCCCUGGGCGAGGAUGUGAUGCAAUUGGCCCGCAUGGGAGAAAUUGGCGCCAUGCAGAACCUAUUCACAGCGAAGCGGUUCACCGCGAACCAUCGCGACGAGGAGGGCAUCACACCUUUGCACUGGGCCGCCAUCAACAACCAAUAUGCGAUGUGUAAAUUCCUCAUCGAUUCCGGAGCCGACGUCAAUGCCAAGGGAGGAGAAUCAGUUGCGACUCCUGCCAUGUGGGCCGCGCAGCGCUGUCACUACUACAUCGUGAACCUCCUGCUCCAGAGCGGUGGUGACCCCCUCCUGACCGACGUUCAAGGGUACAAUAUCCUCCACUUGGCGACUAUCGACGGCAAUGCGUUCUUGCUUGUGCUACUCCUGCACCAGGAAAUCCCCGUGGACGUGGUCGACCAACAAGGACACACUGGACUGAUGUGGGCUGCAUACAAGGGAUACCCGGUGUGUGUGGACUUGUUCUUGCGCUGGGGCGCCAAUGCGAACGCCGUGGAUGAAGGUGGCCUGACGCCACUCCACUGGGCGCUGGUCAAGGGCUCGAUGCCUUGUGUCCUCAAGCUGCUGGAAUAUGGCACCGAUCGCUUUGCAAAGACUCGCGACGGAAAGUCUCCCGCGACUGUCGCGCAAGAAAUGAACACCUCGCGUGUGUGGUACCGCUGCCUCAGUGAGCGCGGGUACGAGGCUGAUGGUUCGCAAAAGGUGGUGCCCAUGGGGCUGUCAAGCUUCGUCCGCAACAAGAGCAUUAUGGCCAAGUUCUUCUUCCUGUGGCCUUGGUUGACAAUUUUGGUUGCGCUGUGGAUGCUCAGCCAUCUGGCGAUUUUCAUGUCGGUUCCUCUCGUGUUGGUGACUGUGUUUGGCAUGCAGUAUGUUGCACAGCAACUUGCAAACAAGGGCCCGCCGGAAUACCGCAUUUUGCAGAAGACGCCGUAUCUAGCCGGUGUUUUUGCUGGAACUUUGUUCUGGGUUGGUUUCCGCUACGUUUUCAAGGUCCUGCCGGCGACAUACGCCUCGAACCCGAUACUGAACAUUUUCUUUGCGGUGUUUUUCUGCACCACCGCGUAUUUCUACACUUUCGCUAUGGUCCAGGACCCCGGCUAUGUCCCGAAAUCGAACAGCCGGAACCACCAGAGAGAGAUUGUCAAGGAACUGUUCGAGCAAUGGAAGUUUGACGAGGAGAACUUCUGUAUUCCUUGCAUGACGAGAAAGCCACUCCGCAGUAAGCACUGUCGUCGCUGUGGACGUUGUGUUGCAAAGCAUGAUCACCACUGCCCAUGGAUUGAUAACUGUGUGGGGUCAAACAACCUUCGACACUUUGUUCUUUACAUUGUCUCUCUCCAGGUCGGCAUUAUCCUGUUUGUACAGUUGACCUUCGCCUAUAUCAACUCCCUCCCUGCCCCCAGCAACGCUACGUGUAAUGUGAUCAACGACGUCCUGUGCGACUACGCCUCUCGCGACACCUUCACCUUAGUCCUUAAUAUCUGGAUCACCCUCCAGCUCGUCUGGGUCACGAUGCUGUGCGCCGUCCAACUCAUCCAGAUCUCCCGCAACCAAACCACCUACGAGAACAUGCGCGGCCACCACAUUGACCGCUCCUACCCCAGCUCCCAAGCCUUUGCAUCUGCCAUGACCGCCGGAACCACCUCCAUGGACGCCGCCGGCUUCACCGCCGCCGGCCAAGGCCCCAACCCAGCCCUCCGCGGCCCACCCCCACCCCGCCGCAAGCACGGCUGCAUCGCACAAUGGUCCUCCCUCCUAGGCGUGGAUGCCUUCUGGACCACUGCCAAAGACGGUCUCCGCGACGGUCCCCAAGCAGCUCGUCCCCGCAACCCCUUCUCCCGCGGCGUGGUCACUAACUGCCGCGACUUCUGGUGCGACCCUGCACCCCUCUUCGGCAAGCGGAACAACGGCUCCGCCAUGCUGGGCGGCGAGAUCGUUAAUUAUCACGAUAUGUACGAAACCCCGAUGCGCAUGCACACCGGGAGAAGCGAAGGACCCGGCUAUCGCAGCAUUGCAGGCGAUGAUCCCGAGCACGUGGUUUAA